AUGAAAUAUAUCCUCGAUAAUUAUGGAAUUUUUAAUCCCAGAGAUUUUCAACGUCCAUUUACCUUUGGCACUCCAAAUAUGAAACCAGAAUUAGUUGAAUAUGUUAUUAAAACCUAUAAAGUUGACCUUAAAGGUGAAAAUGGCUUUCAUAUAAUGAGGUUUGCAUUUAAUCAGGGAUAUAUAGAUUUAAUUAAAUAUCUUCUUGAUCAAGGUGUUAUGUUACAAACAAAAGAUAGAAUAAUGAAAUCUAAAGCGACUACCAUGAUGAAUGAUAAGGAGGAGGAAGAAGAGGAAUAUAAAGUACGUUUAUCAGUUAACGUUUUUGAAAAUGUUAUGGAUGAAGUAACACAUACCAACAUCGAAGCUUAUAAACUUAUCUUAGAAAACGGAGGAAGAGCAAAUGCCAAAGGACAAGGAGUAAGAAAUUCUCUUCUUGAUUAUCAUUCAAUGAAAGGAAAUUUCGAAGUUGUAAAAAUCCUUGUUGAGCAUGGUGCAUGCAUAUCAAAAAAUACGCUUUUUCAAUGCAGAGAUUAUAGAAUACUUUGUUUUUUGAUUGAUCAUGCAAAACAAAAGAUAUUGGGAAAAAAUCUUGAAUCCUUAAUUAAUAACGACACACGUCUAUCCGGCUUUCUUUAUUAUUUCAGAAAUCAUUCAAUUAAGAAUAUCUCGUUAAAUAGAAUGCUUUCUUGUUUGUCAAGAGCAUUAGAGGUUCGAAAUGAAGGCGCUUGCAUUUACAUUUUGAAUAAUGUCACUAUUACUGGUAUAGAAGAUCAAGAAUGUUUCCCUAAGAAAAUUGAUUCAUGGCUCCUUGAUGCAAUCGAAAUGAAUUCUGCAGAAUGUGUGAAAUUGCUUUUAGAUGUUUUGGAAAAGAGUCAAUUGACUGAAAGUUAUUUCGAUACUAUCCAAGAUUAUAAAUUUGAAUUGGAUUCAGCUGCUGACCAAGAUUAUUACCUACAUGCUGCUAAAUUGAAUAAUCAAGAAAUUGUGAAAAUCCUUAUUGAACAUAAAGUUCCAAUUAAUCACAACUUCCAUAAUUGCCUCAAUAAUGCAUUGUUUUGGGCAGCUGUUCGAGGGAAUUUUGAAAUUAUUAAUUUACUACUAGAAUAUGGUUAUGAAAAGCUGGAUCUUCAAGAGGAAGAUAUCUCAUUAUUUCAUAUCUCCCCAGACUUUGUUAAUUUAAUCAGUAAAUAA